AUGAGGUUGAUUGAGGUUCUUGCUGCCGCUGGCAUGUUUUCCGCUGCCAAUGCUUGGGGACAAACUGGAACGGGCGCAUACACCACGACUGUCGUUACUACCGACUACACCACAUACUGCUCGUCUCCGACAACAUUUGCCUAUCAUAACGUGACGUACACGGCUACGUCGGAAACUGUCAUCACCAUCACAAACUGCCCGUGCACUUUUAGUGUAACACAGCCUCCUCCGGUGACAACUACUUCGUACUGUCCACCAAGCUCAGUUGCCACUGGCACCGGCAGUCUACCUACGUAUGCUAACUCCAGUACGACUGUCAUCACCUACACUCCGCCGCCCACGACAUAUCUCUCGGGGACAACGCCAAUAACUGCAACCUUGUCCACCUCAACUCCCAGGACGCCCGUUGGCCCAACUACAGUUAUCAGCUCCCCCGUUAUUGUGCCGACGGCUGCUGCCGGCAAGGUCGGCCCUGCGGGGGCACUUCUCGCCGUCGGUCUUGCUGCUCUUGCGUUAUAG